GAGGCAAUAUCGUCUACCCUCUCAAUGAUGAGGCCCCGCGCGCAGGGCCUGACCUUCCGUGCCGUGCGCUCUUGCGCACACAGCUGCCAAACAAACCAGGCCUUACAUCAUACUAUUCUGUAAACCUGGCGCCCUUGUUGUUCAACCCGGUUCAGUUGCAUAUUCGCUUACAAUCGAAGCGGCAAUCCAGCAGUCGCCAAACUCGCCAUCCGCGGUGCCAAGACGUCACGUUUGGAGCGUCGCUGUUCCGCAAAGCAGAGGAGAGCUAAUCAUAGAAAAUUGUGGCGCAUGAUCAGGAGACAACCACCCCAUCCGGCUGAGAAGCUGCGAGUGGGGGCUGCAGUUGAGCGCGCGUGGCUGGCUGUUGGCGCGCGACGCGGCUGGGAGCGGGCAGUUGCGUGCGACACCGGCUGGUAUACAAGAUGCGUGCCGCUGCACGAGGGUGUGCGAUGGGACAGUGUCAAGGCAGGUUGGUGAAGUCCCGUAGGGAGCAGCUGAUUCCCAGACCCCAGAAGAUGGUAAACAGCUGGCUGGUGCACGAGGCGUCACGAGGGUGCAAGGCUCAAGGCUCAAGAUUGUGACGCGGGAAAAUUAAAUGACUAUCCGUUAGUCCGUUACAGCAAAAGCAGUGCAUCACUACGACACGUUCAUGGCACCGCGCCUGCACCCGCCCCGGCGAGCAGCGGCUUGAGAGCCGCCUUGCAGCGCGCGCUCCCCACCCUUGUGCUCCAGCUCACCGCGCAGACCCUGCCCCGCAUCGAUGCGCGACACCGCCAACUCCACGCGCCCCUGCCCCGCAGCCGCCAGGCUAGCCAGGCCCGCUGCGGCCGCCAUCAGCCUUCUAAUGCUAGCUGGGCCGUUGCUGCUGCUGCGGCUGUGCUGGCGGCAGCACCUCCUGCGCCUGCUGCUGCUGCGGCGGCGGCAGCGGCAGCUGCGCACUGUUGUCCUCCUCAAACUCCUUUGUAUAUAUUACAGGACAGCUCCCACUCACUCCCAACUAUCCCGUGUACGGCGGCCGCCCCGCCCAGGGGCGACGAUUCCUUGACUAUUGGGACCUUUAACGUUGGGCUCAUAUGUAGCACCCGCCCCCCCCCCUCCCCGCCAGUCGAGGGUCGCCGAUUCGCAGUCAGGUACCGUGUAACCAGGAGCUGGCGUUUGUACGGAGAGGCAUUUAGGAAGCUGCCAGACUGUAGUGACGCGCACGUACGCUAUUGAGUUAAGUCGGGUACGGGUACGACUGUGCGCGAAUUUGGGGGGUUGGGGCGGUCGGCUGAGCCGGGCUGAGAAGUUGCACAUGCAUGCAGUAUGAAUAUGGCCAGAUGUGGCUACAGCGGGGGCGUCGGUAGAAGGACUUGUUAACUAGCCAGGGACUGUUUGCGGCGCUGUCGUGGAGUUGUGAAGGUUUUACCCGCCGCAGUGGGGAGCUACUGGUUGCCGGCGGUUGGCACGCAUCACGACUGGGACUCCGCGAACUGCGGGUCGUACGCACUGCCGCCAGAGCAAACCUGCAAUUGGUUCUUGUGCCAAGUAUUGUUGGACUGACUCUCUUUGCGGGGGCGGUCACACACUCACACCGCACGCUCACACCGGCAGUCCGGCACCAGCUCCAGGGAUGACGGGGCAAUGGCGGCUUCCAAGGUGGCUUUCCGCGCCCCACCACUGUGGAUGUUGCUAUGUGGACGAUGGCGGUAUCAGAGGAGGGGAUAGAUCCGGGUUGGAAAUGCAGGGACCAUCGGGCGGGCGGUCAGGCGGCCAGCGGCUAGACACCAGCAGCCUACUUGAUGACAGCCCUGUUAGCGUGCGGGACCCA